AUGAAGGUGUUGCCAACUGAAGGUGUUUUCAGAAAUGCAACUGCAAUAUCCAUAUCGGGGAAUAAGAAACUUUGUGGGGGUAUACCGGAACUGGAGUUGCCAACAUGUCCAAACGUUGACCCUGAGGGAAGAGAUAAGUCCAAAAGCAUUAAGCUAAUGAUCCCUCUUCUUUCUGGACUUGUUGCGCUGGUUUUCAUCAUGUCUUUAGUCAUAAUCAUUUGGUUAAAAAAGGCAAGGGGAGAGCCUUCUUUAACAUCUUCACCGGUCACUUAUGAGAGCCUAUAUAGAGCGACAAAUGGAUUCUCUUCUGCCAAUUUGAUUGGAAAUGUGAAGGUGAUAAACAUUGAUCAUCAAGGGGCUGCUUCUAAGAGCUUCAUGGCUGAGUUUGAGGCCCUGAGAAACAUUAGGCAUCAAAAUCUUGUUAAGGUCUAUACUGCCUGUUCGACUAGUGAUUUUGAGGGUAAUCCGUUCAUAGCUUUAGUUUACGAAUACAUGCCUAAUGGGAGCUUAGAAAGUUGA